GAGCAACCAUACUGGACUUCAUCAUGAGGAAAAGGAACCAGUUUGAAGGACAAGUGAAAGAAAGAAAGGAAAGAGGAUGAAGAGAAUAUUAUUAGAUGGGGCAUAUAUUGUUUGUGUUCAGCUGAAAUAAGCAGUAAUCAAGAUGUUUGUGAACUUCCGUCGAAUCCACAAGUGCCAGUGUUUGCAACUGCUGACCACAGGUCUUCUGCUUUGUAUGGUGAUGGUUUACUGGGAAGAGCUGGACCAUCAUGCAGUCAGCCACAUGAGAUCCUUCACCCACCGGUACUUGAUCAACAGCUAUGAUUUUCUCAAUUCUUCUUUUGCUAUCAACUCCAAUCAUCAUUACAGAAAGGGUGGUUCUAACAGGGUAUUUGGUGGAUUUGUGAACUAUUCAUACCUCAUCAACCACCCAGAGAAAUGCAAAGGGGAAAAUGGGAAGAGUUUAAAUGAUGUUUUUCUGCUGUUAUUUGUAAAAUCAUCACCAGAGAACUUUGAGCGGCGCCGAGCCAUCAGGGACACAUGGGGAAACGAGAGCUUUGUUUGGGCAGAACUGGGGGUGAAUAUGAGGUUGGUGUUCGCCAUUGGCAUUCAUCCACAUGUCGAACAGAGAUAUAAGGUCCAGACUGCACUGCUGAAGGAGGACAAGGUCUAUGGAGAUCUGAUCCAGCAGAACUUUGUAGACACAUUUUAUAACCUGACUACCAAACUGAUCCAGCAGUUCCACUGGAGGCACAUAUAUUGCCCUCAGGCACGCUUCGUCAUGUCUGCGGAUGAUGACAUCUUUGUCCAUAUGCGUAAUUUGGUAAAGUAUUUACAGGAUAUUCUCAGGAGUCAAUCAGGAGCUAAAGACCUAUGGGUGGGGCAUGUCCACAGGGGAUCUCCUCCAGUUCGCUAUAAAUACAGUAAAUACCACAUUCCCUAUGAUCUGUAUCCCUGGCCAUCCUACCCAGACUACACUGCUGGAGCAGGGUAUGUGGUUUCAGGGAAUGUAGCUGCUAAAAUUUACCAGGCGACUCUGCUGCUGAACUCCUCUAUGUACAUUGACGAUGUCUUUAUGGGAAUCUGUGCCAAGGCCAUGGGGGUCUCUCCCCAGGAGCAUGUUUACUUUUCAGGGGAGGGCAAGGCUCCUUACCACCCCUGCAUUUAUGACCACAUGAUCACAUCACACGGUCAUACCUCUGAUGUGCGCUCACUGUGGCGGUCAGUAACAGAAUCUAGAGAGAACAGCAGCACCAGAGGAACACUAGGUAACCUUUAUUGCACAGCAGUGAGAGUGAUGCUGCUAUGUCUGCCACAUUAUCAGAACACUUACUCCUGUAGUGCUGCUUUUACAUGAAUAUUCGUUGUGGGUCUCAAACACUGUUAUAAACAAUGUUACCUAACAGCACUAGUCUGACACAUUUCACCUUUUGCCGUUGUGUGCAAUUUUGUAAGGAAAUAAAAUCAGAUCUAUUAAGAAAUUAAAUGCAUUCAAAAUUCAUGUCCAGAUGCAUCAGGCUUCACUGAUGUGCAGCUUCCCUUUGAGUUCCCUUAAUUUUUUUUAUGUUACUUUCCGCAGUAGUUUACUAAAGCACUUAUCAACGAAAUAACUUUUCCCUUUGCCUUCUCCAUAAAUUAGCGGUAGCAAACAUCAAAAUUGUUGACUUAAGUAGCCUUGGAUUAUUCUUCUGUGUUGGGGAAAUUGAUAGUUUUGCCUUUUAAUUAUUUAUAGAUAAGACAAGGGUAUCAGGAUAACUCUGAAAUUUAAACCCAGACAUAUUAACAAUGCAGCUGCCAAGUGAGAGGAUAACUGGACCAACUUGAUUUUUGUUGGAAAACAUUGUUUUUUGUGAUGCUGUGAAUAUUACUUUGAUGCAUAUGUAUAAUAAUUCACUGUCAUAGAGCCAAUCAAGUGUCUCACACAUUAGGGUCUGCCAGAUUGUGCUAAAUUAUAACGAACUUGUGUAAUUCUGCUGUAGCCUGCAUUUUCAGUGUAAGCCACGUCAGGACUUCUGCUAAUUUAUAUUUUUGCCUUCUUAACUGCAUUCCUUCUUUCACUCCUAAUAACUUCAUUGCACUCACCUGACUUCCUGUAUAUUGUUAAACUGUGUAUUCUAUAAAUAAGUUCCAGUGAAACUGUAAUGUCUAAAGAUUAAGUUAGUUUCAUUUAUUGACUCUGUUUAGGUUAGUCAGCUAGACCCGUGAAGCUUUUCAUGUGUAACUGUCAGAAGCCAAAACAAAUAACCAACCCAUAAUGUAGUUCAAUGUUGGACAGAUUUAUGAGCAAGGCUUUGACUUUUGAAUGGCAAUUACCUCAUUUUCUUUCUGAUUUUGUUUUGGAUUUACAAGUGUGAUUACAACAAUUCACCUGUUGAAAUACUUACUUCUGGUUCAAUCUGCAGGUUUCACAAUAUCUCGAAAUCUGCAGAUUGCAUAGUUUUACUUUAGAUAGUUGAGCAACACCUAAGCAAAUGAUCGAUCCAACCGUUUUUUAAGCUCUUAUACAAUUUAUAGUUGCUUUAUUUAUUCCAGCUGUUAUUACCCUAAUCUACCACAGGGUUACCAAAGCAAAACAUUUACCUACAAUCUCACAAUGCCUUUUUUGUAUGUGGAGUAAGUCUAUUUGAUUACAUGCACACUGAAAAAUGAAGCUAAGAUGGUACGUAAGUAAUGUGACGUCUAAGUGUCCACUCUGAGCAGUAGUCUUUGACACCUCAGGAGUGAGAUUGAAACAGUCUGCAGUAAACCCGUCUCUGAUAUACUGACCCCAAACUGACUUGUCUGUGCCAAGUACAUUAUUCCAAAAUGCCUAGUCUAUACCUGUGCACUCAAUGCCAAACCUUUGACAUUAAUUUUGGACAACAAAGGGUGUUUUAGUUUAAGUUAUUUCUGGUUGAAAUUACACAUUGAUCGUUCUAAGCCCAGCCAAAAAAUCUCAUUAUAAUUUCAUGGAUUUCAUAGUGUGAUAAAAGGAGAGACGGCAUUUUUUUC